UGGAAUGCUGACAGAACUGUUCCAAAGAGUCAGAUUGGAAAAACCAGGCCAGGUAGAUCCAAGAGCUGCUGAGUUCACCUUGAGCCUGCUGGCUGCCAUCUAUGACAGGUAAAAUGCAUUCUCUUCUACAUCAGAGCAAAAUUUUUACUGAAACUGAGAGGUCUGGAACAGGUUGUAUCAAAACUAGAUCAGCUGCAGCUGCCCUAAUUGCCCUUUCAGGAGACACUCUGCUGGCUAAAUACAAAGCUUUCUUCCAGUUUUAUGCUGUCUCUGAUGGGAAGGUGGCUUUGAUUACACGUAGUGCCCUGAGAAGCCUACUAACAGACUUAAAUCAGAUCCCAGCCAUCGUGGGAGAAGGCUGCACUCUGUCUUGUGUGGAAACUGCAACUCACAGCUGUUUCCAUGGGGUUCUGAAGUCAGCAAUUGUUGAAGAAAAAUUCCUGUCUUGGCUGAGAUCAGAGCCUGCUGUUCUCCUGUGGCUCCCUACAUGUUACAGAUUAUCAGUCACAGAAGUGGUUUCUCACCAAGCUAGAUGUAGAGUCUGCAAAAUUUUCCCUAUUACGGGCCUCAGGUACCGCUGUCUGAAGUGCCUCAAUUUUGACCUUUGCCAAGUCUGCUUUUUCACUGGUCGUCUCAGCAAACCACAUAAGAGGUCACAUCCUGUUGUGGAACACUGUGUACAGAUGUCAGCAAAAGUGAAUGCAAAGCACUUUCUCCGCACCAUCAGGAACAACCUGUUUCCAGAGCGCUGCAGAAGAAAGGAGGCUCAGAGAAGGAGGGCUCUGGAGAUAGUGGAGAGGCACUCCCCUAUUCACAAAAAGAUAUUUCCCCCUGUAGAAGUCAGUGCUUCACCUCUACCUGGCCCUGAAAACUUAUCUUUCCCAGUGGACAGACCUGUCCUGGAGUCAUCCAAGUUCAUAUCUGAAAACAGAACUGUGAUGCAGAAGAGAGAGAAUAAUAGCGAGACACCAGAGCAAGGCAAGACUAAAGCUCAGGCAAUAGCCUCUUUUGAAGCAGAUGUGUUAAAAAUGCACAAAUCCAUCAAAAGCAUUCACAGUGAGACCAGGUACAUGAAGAAGCAGUUUAACAAAUGGAAGGACAAAAUGCAAUUUCUUCACGACUGCCAGGAAGACAAAAACUACAAAAUAGAGGCAAAGCUCCAAAGCCUGAGAACAAGCCAUGAAAACCUGCAGAUGAAGCUGCAGCAAAUGCAGCAAGAAGUAAUGACCAUGUUACAGUCACCAGAACAUCCUUUUGAACAAUGUCAGAAUAUGAUGCCAAAAAAUCCACAUGUGCCACUGGAAAGGAGAAUGGAGAGUGGAUUAAAUCUUGCCCACAUAAGGCCUGCUUCCAGAAGGCGUGAAGACUGGAAAUCUUUGAAUCCCCCCAACUCAGCAGCUAGAAUGCAGUUGCUACAGCCACCUGAGGUUCCCAAUGCAGCGGACUUUUUGUUUGCAGAAGACCCAUUGGAGUCUGACAGACCUUUUAUGGAACAGAAUAAAAAGGCAAAAGAAAAUCAAACAUAUCUGCCUGAAUUGACAGAAAACUUCCCCAGGGGCAUCACGAGGAAUACUGUUCUUGCUCCCACUGCCGUGCAGAUGCCACUUGAUGAGAAGGCAUUCAGUGAGGAAGUGGAACUGCAGCAGUUGGUUAUGAAACUGCAAGAUGCAUUGUCUCUGCAGGCCCAGCCAGCUCAACAGUCUGCUUUGCAGCAGGAGUUCAUCUUUACAGCUGAACAUGUCUGCAGAUCUUUUUCUGACUUCAUCAACCAAGUAACUUCACCAGCUUGCAAAUGAUGGAAACUACUAUUCACCUUACAGCUUCAGAACUAUUGAAGCUGGAUGCUGUCCGGGUUAUACUGUGGAGAAGCAGUGCAUGUUUAUGUGAAGGAACAAUUUCUGGCUGUGGAAGAGGACAAACAUGGACCCAAAGCAUGUUACCAGUCUCUAAUGCAACAAGUGUGCCAUAGCUCACACCUUGGUCUUCAGUUAAAAGCAGAGGUUUGAUAGUCUGUGCUUCUCUCUGAACAUCUCCAUACGUUCUGGUUUAACCUAAAUUAGAACCAGUUUUCUAACUUCAGCUAAGUCAUCUAAGUAACUUCAUUUUCUGAAAGUUAAUUGCACUCUUUUCAGUGUUUCUCUCUAAAAGUGAUAACACUGGUGUGCAGAAAGGCCAUUGCUUAUUCCUAUAAUAAAUAACCAGGGCCAUCCUCAAGCUGGUGGAGUGUCCCAAGUCAGAGACAGUCACCUGGACAGGACAGGUGACCCCAAAUUGAUGAACAGAGUACUCCAUCCCAUACAUGUCAUACUCGGUAUAAACUUGAGAUAUGACAAGUGUCUCACUCCCUUCUUCAAUGGCUGAUGUCCAGCAAGGAUCAUGUCUGUUUGCCCCGAUCCUGCAUCCAUGUGUUCCUGAAUCCAGUUCCUGGGUCCAGCCUCCCUCCUGCCACUCACCUUGCCUGCCCUGCAGCAUCUGUGGUGACAUGUAGUCAUCAGGGGUUGGGGUGCAAUUUCAUGUAUUUGCAUAUAAUAAUAAUUAUUAUUAUAAUAAAUUAUUGUUGUUAUUAUUUCAUUAAAGCCGUUUUAGUCUCCAACCCACAAGUCUUUUCCUCUCUCUUCCCUUUCCCCAGGGGGGAGAGGGAAGGGCACUGGGAGCCCAACUGCUCAGUUUUAGCUUAUGAAAUUGGCCAACCCAGGGCUAAACUGGGACACUGUUAUCUGCAGGGCUUCAAGCAGCACACAGCCACAGGCCGUACAGAUGAGAAGCUACUGCUUUACAGUCCCAAAAGCUAAUUCCAAGCUUAUAAUGUUUGGUCUGGUGACUAAGGAACCCUGUCAGUGUACGACAUAUGAACAGUUAAGAGAACUUCUUGACGGGUGCAGUGUUGUGCUUAUGAAGUUUGAGACCUGGACUUGAACAAGGACAAUUGUUCCAGCUUCUGCCUCUCCACAGUUAAGUGUUACACAGUAGCAUGUGUCCUCAAGAGGACCAAUUCCUGGAUCAGCGCCUUUGGAGUGGGGAGAGGGCAAGGAAAAGGAUGGGGCAGACUGCUGGCAGACUGAGGCAUUGGUUAAGUCAAGGCCAAGAGCAGCAGCUUCCCCCUGGGUUGUACUGGGCACAGCUGUGUCCUGAAGGCAGAAGCAGGUAAAAAGCACUGUUAGUUCCUUCAUGCUUUGAGUCACCAGCUUUGGUGGGGAAAUUCUUCUCCUGGCUCCGAAGUGCCACACUAAAGCACGGCCUGUUCUACUACUAGUGAUAAAGAUGAGCGGUGUUCUGUGACUUAUGACAAAACCGAGCUCUUUUAGAAGAAAACUUUAACAGGGACAAAUAGACUGACACUCAGCUACUGGAUUUCUACAAAUGAGAGCAUUCUGAAUUAUGCCGCCUUCAGCAGUUCGCAGUUGCUCAGAAAUGCUAGAUGUUAAGUGGAAGUGUGUGCUGGUCUGAUGUGGAGUCCUUGUACCUGCAGACCAUUGCAUUGUAUGCUCCCACCAAAUAACCUAAUUCAACAAACCUACAAAAAUGUGAAGCUGUGCUGUGCUUGCUGAGGUCUGAACAACGAAUUGCUGAGCUGAAUUAUAGGCUAUGCAGCUUUGCGAUGAUGUUUUUGUGACCUUUUACUUUCAAUAGUAUUGGUUUGAGCAUCACUACUACUAAAAUUUCUAUUUAGUUAAUUUUGUCUUCAAGCUUUCUGAGGGCACUUAACCAGUCAUCUCUGUAUUUCUGGUGGAUGAGUCACAUGAAACAAUUUUUUCAGCUCUUGCAGGCAGGAAUCUGCAGUGAGUGCAUUUGGAACAAAGGAGGGUUUUUCAGGUUUGUACAACAUGACUUGCUGUUGUGUUGGUUUUGUUCUUUAUAGUAAGUGCCCCAGGAAGGCUUCAAAAGCACUUUUAAGGAAUCUUUCUAGUAAAAUCCAAAGCAGAUAUGCACUGAUCUCUACACUGCUUUACUCAUAUACUGCAAAUGACUGAAUUCCUGUUUUAGGACUGUACUAUAAUUAUUGCCAAAGUGUUGCAUAUUCAUAUUGAGUUUACAGAGAAAUCCUCCUAUAUUCAAAUGACACAAAAUAAAAGUGGAUGAUAGUGUUCCCUAACUCCGCAGUUCUAAAUGAGAACAUGCUUUCAUACACAACCUUGGGAAAUAUUAAGACAAAAGCAUAUUUUGUUUCCCCAUUUGGAGCUGGAGAAAGCAAAAACUAUCAGGAGUUCUGUGGUAACUGUGUCAUACAUGCAUUUGGUUUUUCUAGGUUGGCUUCACUGGAGUUAGUCUGACAAAAUAACCCAAAAAGGGAAGCUGAGUUUCAUUCAGUAACCCAUUAAAAUUAUGAAUAUAUUAUUAGGUUAUUAUGAGGCCUUCAAAUAAUUAUACCAUUUUACACUUUUUGUAAUUAUAUCACCCAGACUUUGGAACUGCCUCAGGCUUCCCUCGACCAACACACACGUAGAGAUCCCCUUCAGCUCAGUGAAGCCAGCAGAUGGGACUGAAGUGGGCCCAGCAGCCCUCCUGUCCAUCUGCUCAGCCCUGAGUGCCGAGGUGCUGAGCUCACACCACUCAGAAAGCCUGCGUGCAAUGUCCUCUCACAGACAGAACCUCCCUGUGAGAUGGGACACAGCUUGAGAGAUCGUCUGUAAAAGAAACUC